AUGGCGCAAGACUACUCGUUCAAGUAUUUCACGGUGCAGUUCCCAGCCGACCUCCCCUAUGUCGCGCACGUGGAAAUCAACCGCGCAGACAAGAUGAAUGCCUUCCUUGAAGCCAUGUGGCUUGAAAUGGGCCAACUAUUCGCCCGACUCUCCGACGACUCCAACGUACGCGCCGUAGUCUUCAGCGGAGCCGGCGACAAAGCCUUCACAGCCGGCCUCGACGUGAAAGCCGCAUCAGAGGGCAGCGCUCUCGCCAAAGACGGCAUAGAUGGCACAGACCCAGCCCGCAAAGCCGCACACUUCCGCCGCCACGUCGCUGAAUUCCAAGAUUGCAUCACAUCCAUCGAGAAAUGCGAGAAGCCCGUCAUCGUCGCCAUGCACGGGUAUAGCUUCGGACUGGCAAUCGAUAUCUCGACAACGGCGGAUGUGCGUCUCUGCUCGCGCGAUGUGAAGUUCGCAGUGAAGGAAGUCGAUAUUGGUAUUGCGGCUGAUAUUGGCACACUCACUCGCCUUCCUAAGGUUGUUGGAAACUAUGGAUGGGUGAAGGAAGUUGCGCUUUCUGCUCGUGUCUUUGGAGCGGAGGAGGCGCUGCGUGUUGGCUUUGUUAAUGCUGUUUAUGAGAAUAAGCAGGAAACUGUUGCUGCGGCUUUGAAGAUGGCUGGUCUCAUUGCUAGUAAGAGUCCCGUUGCUGUGCAGGGGACCAAGGAGAUUCUGAACUGGUCGAGGGAUCACCCCGUGCAGGACGGGUUGCGGUAUACUGGUGUAUGGAAUGCUGCGGCUAUCCAGACGCAGGACGUUUCCAAGGCGCUUUUGUCUGGGAUCCAGAAGCGGACGCCGACUUUCGAGAAGCUAUGA